UAGCCCAGGCUGGUCUCAAAGUCCCUGUGUAGGCGAGGAUGACCGUGAACUCCUGAUACCCUGUCUGUUCCUGCAAAACUCUGGGAGUACAGGCGAGGGCCAUCACACACCUGGUGAUUCGCUUUACGGGAAAAAGACCUUGAUGAAGUUCUGCAGACCCACUCAGUGUUUGUAAAUGUUUCCAAAGGUCAGGUUGCCAAGAAGGAAGACCUCAUCAGUGCAUUUGGAACAGAUGACCAGACUGAAAUCUGUAAGCAGAUUCUGACUAAAGGAGAAGUUCAAGUGUCAGAUAAAGAACGACACACACAGCUAGAGCAGAUGUUUAGGGAUAUUGCAACCAUUGUGGCAGACAAGUGUGUGAACCCAGAAACAAAAAGACCUUACACAGUUAUCCUCAUUGAGAGAGCCAUGAAGGACAUCCACUACUCGGUCAAGCCCAACAAGAGCACAAAGCAGCAGGCUUUGGAAGUGAUAAAGCAGUUAAAAGAGAAGAUAAAGAUAGAGCGUGCUCACAUGAGAUUGCGCUUCAUCCUGCCAAUAAAUGAAGGCAAGAAGCUCAAAGAAAAGCUGAAGCCGCUUAUGAAGGUCGUGGAGAGUGAGGACUACAGCCAGCAGCUGGAGAUAGUAUGUCUCGUCGAUCCUGGCUGCUUCAGAGAAAUUGAUGAGCUAAUAAAAAAGGAAACCAAGGGCAAGGGUUCUCUGGAAGUACUCAGUUUGAAAGACGUGGAGGAAGGAGAUGAGAAAUUCGAAUGACACUCUCCAGCUCCUCAGCUGGAGCACCACAGAGGACGUUGGUUCCCAGCAGCAGCAUUUUGUUUUUGUGACCUGCCAAAAGCCCUGCUCAAGCAACGGGCCACUUUCCCAUCUUGUGUUAAACAUUUACCUAGGUACUGGGUGUUUUUGUUGUAAAUUGGGGUUUCCAGCAAAAAUGACAAACCCAAAAUACAGUGUCCAGAACAGCUCUUCA